AUGUUAGACUUUUUCAGUAGCAUAUUUGGUACAGACUCGGUCUGUCAAAUGUUUUCCAACUCUAUGGGGUUCAUAUCUUUCACAAGUUCGUUUGUAGCGUUAAUGCCACAAAUGAUUGAAACCUUCAAAAGUAAAAAUGUGGAAGGGCUAUCAAUUCAUUUUUUGUUAGCUUGGCUAAUAGGUGAUAUUAUAUCGAUGUUAGGUGCCAUUUUAACAAAACAGUUAUUAUUCCAAAUAUUGUUAACCAUUUUCUUCUUAAUUAUAGAUCUGGUCAUUUGUAUCCAGUAUUAUUAUUAUGGUAUAAUUUAUAAUAACAGUUUAUCAACAAAAAAGAAAAACAAUGAUACCAUAUUAUUAGUAGCUGCCCCAAGUAAUGAUUUUGGUGAGAUACAAGACUUCGAUGAUAAAAUAGACGAUUCCAUAGAUUCAAGAAGAGGAACUUGGAAUAGAAAUAAAAUGCCAAGAAUAUCAACAGACAAAUCAAUGGCAGUUGGUGCUCUAGGCUUAGCCUCUCAUUUUAAAACUUCUGAUGCCGCUAAAGUCGUACGGUAUGCAUCAGUAUUCACUACAGCAUUAGUUAAGAGACAAGAAUUAAGCGAAGUAACUAAUAGUUACAUUGGUGUUGUUUGUGCUUGGCUAGGUGCCAUUUUUUAUAUUGGUUCAAGAUUUCCACAAUUAAUUAUGAAUUAUAAAAGAAAAUCUACCGAUGGUGUUUCACCCUUUAUCUUCUAUUGCAUGCUUGUUAGUAACAUCAGUUAUGAUAUCAGUUUGUUUACUAAUGAAAAUUUCUUAAAUGGUAAAGAUAGAGCAAUGUUUGUUAAAAACGCCAUGCCUUUCAUUGUAGGUAGUGCAGGAACAAUUGUUUUUGAUUUAUUGUUUUUCGUUCAACAUUAUUACUUAUAUAGAGACAACCGUAAUAUACGGUUUGCACCAAUGAAGCAAGAGGGGGAUUUAGAAGAGGACUUAGAAGAAGAUAUCUAG